CUAAAAGAGCGGACGUGUGAUGACGGGAAAAAUUUUACAUUCGUAAUGUCGUUUAGUAGCCAAUACCAGCAGUAGUAGUGGAAGUAAUGAAAAAAUCGGUUUUUUUUGGUCUUGUAGAACAAACUCCUAUAACGCCAAGUAGGAAAGAACAACACACCACAUUCAAGGCAAACACACGCACACAGUGUACACAAAAGAAAAAUCGCAUAACGAAUGUGAAAAAGUUCGACAACAACGACGAAGACGAAUGAGAAAAUUGUGAAACACGAAAAAGGAAUUAUAAAAGAAAAAAAAAGAAAAUAAAUCCCAACCAAGUUAAGGAAAAUUCGAAAUUUUUAAUAGAAAAAACGAAGAAAUUGUUCAAAAAUAUAAGUGAACGUUUGCCAUCCAAAGUGUAUGUGUGGGAAAAUCUCCAAAAACAAAGAAAAGAAAAUUGUAGGGGAAAAAAUAAUUGAGAAAUUCCAUUAAAAACCAUUGCAAGUGAUAAAAUGUUGAAAAAACCCCAACAACUGUAGCAAAACAGCCAAUACAAUGUGAGAGCACCACCGCUCUGGUGCAAGUGGCAAAGUGAACUCCCUAAGCUUUUUGCCCCCCCAUUCGAAACACAAUACUAGAAAAAAAAAAAUCGAAGGGAAACAAAAGCCUCCCACAAAACCACCAAACAAAAAUGAAUAUCUUCAAAUCUCUAAAAAUCCCUAAAAACAUGCAAAUGUGUUGUAAUUGAACCAACUUCAAAGAAAUCUAAACACAAAAAUUCGUUAGAAAAUCAAAAAAAAAAAAAACAAGCCCUUGCUCUUAGGCUGCGAGAGGCCAUGUUAAAACCACUCUACAAAGUCCCCAGCAUGGGCACUUUGAAAUCUUGCAAUAUGGAACUUUGGCUAGGCCAUCACAAUAGCCUGCAUGGCCGACUAUGGGGCAUGUUGCUCUUGCUCAUAACACUGCAUAUGGGAUACCAUCAGGCAGUAGCAGCAUCCUCGUCCUCAUCGCAUAUUGGUCAAGUAGCCGCUUUGGCCACUGCCACAUCCGCCGAAUCAUCGUUAACACCAUCAUCGGCAUCGGCAUCAGCUGCAAAUGCAGCGGUCACAAAUCAAUGUUCCUGGCAGUACAAUGGCACCACUUCGGUUAAGUGUAAUUUACGUCUCAUCGAACGUUCGCUGGCACUGGAUUUACAAGGUGCUGAUGGCUUUAGUCAGCUGGAGAUAAGAUGCAGUGAUUUGUAUUUAUUCGAAUCACAAUUGCCGCAAGCGGCUUUUGCUCGUUUGCAAACACUGGACGAGCUGAGGCUGACCUCGUGCAAACUGCUGCAAUUACCCAACAAUGCCUUUGAGGGUUUGAACACAGUCAAGACACUGGCCAUUACUACCCACAACUCGGAGUGGGGUCCCAGCAAGACUUUGGAGCUGUUUCCCGACUCGCUGAAUGGUCUGAAGCAGUUGACAGAACUGCAUUUGCCGGAUAACAAUUUGAGGGCUUUGCCACCUGGCUUCCUGUGCCCAGUGGGUAACCUGCAGGUCUUGAAUCUCACCCACAAUCGCAUAAGGGCUGCCGAGAAUCUGGGCUUUGCCGACAUGAAUUGCAAUGGCGGCAGUGAGUUGCAGACCCUGGAUGCCAGCUUCAAUGAGCUACGUUCCAUCACCGAGUCCUGGGGCAUAUCGCGGCUGAGACGUUUGCAACACCUCAAUCUGCAGAAUAACAACAUUUCGGAGCUGUCGGGCGAGGCCUUGGCUGGCCUCUCCUCGCUGCGCAUUGUCAACCUGAGCAACAAUCAUUUGGAAACCUUGCCCGAGGGUCUGUUUGCUGGUUCCAAGGAGCUGCGAGAAAUUCACAUGAAAAACAAUGAACUGUACGAGCUGCCCAAGGGACUUUUCCAUCGCCUGGAACAAUUGCUGGUGGUCGAUUUGUCUGGCAAUCAAUUGACCUCCAAUCACAUAGACAACACCACCUUUGCUGGCCUCAUACGCUUGAUAGAGCUCAAUUUGGCCCAUAAUGCCUUGACCCGCAUUGACUUUCGCACCUUCAAAGAGCUUUACUUCUUGCAAAACCUGAAUCUACGCAACAACUCUAUUGGCCACAUUGAAGAAGACUCCUUCCUGCCUUUGUACAACCUGCACACCCUCAACCUGGCCGAGAAUCGUUUACACACGCUGGAUGACAAGCUCUUCAAUGGCCUGUAUGUUCUGUCCAAGCUGACGUUGAACAAUAACCUGGUUAGUGUCAUCGAACCAAAUGUCUUCAAAAAUUGUUCCGAUCUCAAGGAGCUGGAUCUGAGCUCGAAUCAAUUGAAUGAGGUGCCCCGGGCCAUACAAGACCUCUCCAUGCUGCGCACUUUGGAUUUGGGUGAAAAUCAAAUACGCACCAUUGACAAUGACAGCUUCAAGAAUCUCCACCAGCUCACCGGUCUGCGGCUGAUUGACAAUCAGAUAGGCAACAUUUCGGUGGGCAUGUUUGCCGACCUGUCCCGCCUCAGUGUCUUGAAUUUGGCCAAGAAUCGCAUACAAAGCAUUGAGCGUGGCUCAUUCGACAAGAACUAUGAGCUGGAGGCCAUACGCCUGGAUCGCAAUUUCGUCUCGGACAUCAAUGGUGUGUUUGCCACCCUAAUGUCUUUGCUGUGGCUAAAUCUCUCCGAAAACCAUUUGGUUUGGUUCGACUAUGCCUUCAUACCGGCCAAUCUCAAGUGGCUGGAUAUUCAUGGCAAUUACAUUGAGUCCCUGGGCAACUAUUACAAACUGCAGGAGGAGAUACGCGUCAAGACUUUGGAUGCCAGCCACAAUCGCAUCACCGAAAUAGGUCCCAUGUCUAUACCAAAUACUGUGGAGUUGCUGUUUAUCAACAACAAUCUCAUCUCCAGCAUUCAUCCGAACACUUUUGUCGAUAAGGUGAAUUUGGCUCGUGUCGAUUUAUAUGCUAAUGCCCUGGCCAAAUUGCAAUUGCAACAGUUGAGAGUGGCUCCAGUGGGGCCGAAUAAGGCUCUGCCCGAAUUUUACCUGGGCGGCAAUCCCUUCGAGUGUGAUUGCACCAUGGAUUGGCUUCAGCGCAUCAACAACCUGACCACACGCCAACAUCCGCGCGUUAUGGAUUCACACAACAUCGAGUGUGUGAUGCCCCAUGCCCGAGGUGCCCCCGUGCGGCCAUUGGGCUCGCUAAAGUCUCAAGAUUUCCUGUGUCGUUAUGACUCGCAUUGUUUUGCCCUCUGCCAUUGCUGUGAUUUUGAUGCCUGUGAUUGCGAGAUGACAUGCCCCAACAAUUGCACAUGUUAUCAUGAUCAAAUAUGGUCCACGAAUGUUGUGGACUGCGGUGGCCAGCAGACAAUGGAGCUGCCGCGUCGAGUGCCCAUGGAUUCGAGUGUCGUGUACUUGGAUGGCAAUAAUUUCCCCGUUUUGAAGAAUCAUGCCUUCAUUGGGCGCAAGAACCUCAAGUCAUUGUUUGUCAAUGCCAGUCGUGUGGCCAGCAUUCAGAAUCGCACAUUCGCCGGCCUCAUCUCGUUGCAGACACUGCACUUGGAGGACAAUCUAAUGCAAACGCUGCAAGGCUACGAAUUUGAGCAUUUGUCGGCUUUGCGUGAGCUCUACCUGCACAACAACCUGUUGACAACCAUAGAGAAUGCCACAUUGGCUCCACUGCAGUCGCUGGAGGUUCUACGCUUAGAUGGCAAUCGCCUGGUGACUCUGCCCAUAUGGCAAUUGCAGCUGCCUCAGUUCAAAACUUUACGCACCAUUGCCUUGGGGCGUAAUCACUGGUCAUGUCGUUGCAAAUUUUUGCAAGAGUUGACCUCAUAUGUGGCUGACAAUGCGGUGAUAGUACAAGAUUCCCAGGAUAUCUUUUGCAUGGAAGACUCAAGUUCGGGACGCAGUGACAUGGGCAGUGGAGGGGGCGGCGGUGGUGGCAGAAAACGUGAAUUGGAUUUUAAUGUAACAGCCGCCUGCAGUGACUACUAUGCUGGCGGCUCAAUGCUGCAGCAUGGCAUACCCAAAACGUACAUACCUUUAUUGGCAGCUGCUUUGGCUUUGGUCUUCCUCCUCAUUGUUGUCAUCAUCAUCUUUGUGUUUCGUGAAUCUCUACGUAUUUGGCUAUUUGCCCAUUAUGGUGUGCGAGUAUUUGGGCCACGUUGCGAGGAGUCUGAGAAACUGUACGAUGCCAUACUCCUGCAUUCGGCCAAAGACUCAGAGUUUGUGGGUCAGUAUCUGGUGGCUGAGCUGGAGACGGGAAGGCCACCUCUGCGUAUUUGUUUGCAGCAUAGGGAUUUGUCACACGAUGCCACCCACUACCAAAUUCUAGAGGCCUCAAGAGUUUCAAGGAGAGUGGUGAUUUUGUUGACACGCAACUUUCUGCAAACCGAAUGGUCACGUUGCGAACUACGAAGGGCCCUGCAUGAUGCUUUAAGGGGAAGGCCCCAAAAACUGGUGCUGAUCGAGGAGCCCGAGGCCAUAUUUGAGGCAGAAAAUGACAUUGAGCUGUUGCCCUAUUUGAAAACCACAGCAGUGCAUCACAUACGAAGGGGUGAUCGUCAUUUCUGGGAAAAACUACGCUAUGCCCUGCCCGUAGACUACAGGAGUGGCAACAACUACACCCUGGACCACAAUCAUGAACGCAUCAAGCAGCCAGCUAGUCCCGGUAUUUUGUACAGACCUGCCCCACCGCCCGCCUACUGUCCCGAAGGAGAAGGUGAACAGCAUUAUUCCUCAGCCACCACAGCGACACCCUCACCGCGACCCCAGAGAAGGGGGCCCGAUCACAUAGGCACCUUGCAUCAUGUGGGGGCAACGGCAGCCCCGACAGCUGCAACCAGCACUCAUCUACAUCCAAAUAAUGCCGUGCAACAGUCGUCGGCAGCAGCGCAGUAUUAUCACCAACAUGCAAGCGGUGGAGUGCCAAUGGGCUAUGUGCAGAGGCCCCCAUCCGAGCACAUCUACUCCAGCAUUGAGUCGGACUAUUCAACGCUGGACAAUGAGCAAAUGCUGAUGAUGCCCCCAGCCUCGCCCUCACCAUCAGGCGGGGUGCAGGGCAUCAAUAGCCUACAUCGCAAUGUGCACCAUCCACAACAGCAUCAUCCAAAUAUGUCGCAGACAUGGCGACCACAGCAAAAUCCAAAACAACAGCAUCCACAGCAACAGCGUGGAGGUGGCGGCAGUGGUGAUCAUAGUGGAGCACAAACCUUGCAACAUUCACAGCAGCAGCAGCAGCAGCUUCAACAGCUCCAACAGCCCCCAACAGCACCUAUAGCGGCCACAAGCACGACAGCAACAAUUUCCUCCACCAGCAACAACCAAACAAUACAGCCUGGCCAGCAACAAGGACCCCAUUUACAGGCAUACUUAGUGUAAUUCUAUUUCCAUAAAUUUUUAUUUAACUCGAAAAAUAAACAAAAAAAAAAGAGGAAAACUCAAAACCCCAAAACACGAACCCAGCAUCAAAAACAAAACUAAAACUCAUUUUAAUAGUCAUAGUGCAAAAAUAAUUUUUACUAACACUAACAAAUAUAACAACAACAACAAAAAAAAACUAAAAAAAAACCAACUACAAAACAAACAACAAGAAAAAGUACUGAAUUUUAAAACUUAAUUUUAUGGCUUAGUUUUUAGUUAGAGUGAAAAUGAUGUGAGAACCGAAAGACAAACCAAGGGACAGACAGAUCGACUGACGGACA